AAAAAUAACUAUAAUAAUAAUAAAAUUAUUAUAAAAUAAAACUUAUAUAGAAAACUAAAUAACAUUUGUGUACUCUUAAAAAGUAAACAAUUUCGAAAAAUCUGUACUGUCGCGUCUUGAACAUUUUAUGCAAAAAUAACUGUUGAUUUUUCUAUUAUGACUGCUGUGAAUAGUGCAAAAAAGAAUAUUUUUGAAUUUGAUUAGCUCAUUUAUAAACUAAAUUUAAAUAAAGGGGUGGAUGUGAAAAAUUAAAAAAACGUUGAAAAAAAGAAUUGACAGACAAAAAUUGUUUAUCAAAAUAAGUUUUUGCGAUUAAGCAGUUGUAUCAGUCGUCAGAUAGUGUGUAAAGUACACAGUCAUAAAAACCAUAGUAGAACAAGUGAACAAAAUAAAUAAAAUAAAAUAAUUAAAUAAUUAUUCAACAAUUACAGCUGAAAUUUACAACAAACCGGCAUAUCGAGUGUGUUACAGUGGAAAUUAGAACAACAGCAACAUCAACAACAUGUUGGGCAUCAAUUAUUUAACAGAAGCCCAUUUAAAGGGCUUUGAAAAGUACAAGUAUAGCAGCAUAGAUACCAGUUAUCUCAGUGUAUAUGUUAUGCAUCCAUUUUGGAAUAAAUGUGUAGAGUUCCUGCCACGAUGGUUAGCACCUAAUAUUCUCACAUUUGUUGGUUUCCUUAUGACAGUUAUAAACUUUCUAUUAUUAGCGUAUUAUGAUUGGAAUUUCGAUUCGGCAAAUCAGCCGGUAAAUCCAGUACCGGGUUGGGUGUGGUCAGUGGAAGCGUUAAAUAUUUUACUUUAUUAUAAUUUAGAUGGCAUGGAUGGCAAACAGGCCCGCCGUACCGGUACUAGCGGUCCUUUGGGUGAACUAUUCGAUCAUGGUUUAGAUUCCUAUUCCGCAGUACUUAUACCCAUUUAUAUGUUUUCCUUAUUCGGUUCGGAAGAUUUACCACCCAUACGCAUGUUUUUCGUUAUAUGGAAUGUUUUCUUAAAUUUCUAUUUGACACAUGUGGAGAAAUAUAAUACCGGAGUUAUGUUUUUACCUUGGGGUUAUGAUUUCACUAUGUGGGGUGUUAGUUUGACUUUGUUUUUGACUACUAUUCUCGGACCGGGCAUUUGGAGAUAUCGCACAUUUUUCAAUUUAUCUAUGGCCAAUUUAUUUGAAUUGGCUUUAGUAGGAUCGGGUAUUUUCACUAGUCAUCCGAUUAUUAUUAAAAAUAUAUACAUGUCCUAUAAAAAUAAAACGGGUAAAAUGAGACCCUUUAUGGAUGCGGCUCGUCCCAUGUUUGCCUUCCUUUGGCUGUUUUUAUUCACCACCAUUUGGGUAUUAUUCUCACGUAAUCAUAUUUUAGAAUUAGAACCAAGAAUUAUGUUCGUAUUAUUCGGUACAUUAUUCUCAAAUAUAGCGUGCCGUUUAAUUGUGGCUCAAAUGUCCGAUACCCGCUGUGAUGGUUUUAAUAUUUUAAUGUGGCCUUUGGUGGCAACUGUUGCUGUUAGCUGUUUUCCCUGGUAUGAAGAAGUAAUGGGUAGAGAAUUACCCGUAGAUAUAGAAAGAUGGAUAAUGCAGGCUUUAACGAUAUUUGUAACAAUAGCCCAUUUACAUUAUGGCCAGGGAGUGGUCCGUGAAAUGUGUAGUCAUUUUAAAAUCCGCUGCUUUAAAAUUAAACCACAAACACCACCGGAACAAGAAAUGCAAUUACCUAAUGGGACUGUUUAAAAGGAAAAAACGACAGCAUUUUCUUUUUUUUUUGGGAACAAAUUUACAUUUAACAGCUUAGUUGUAAGAUUUUAAAAUUAAAAUAAAAUAAACAACAAAUAUGUA